AUGCUGAAUAACAUCAAAGUUCCGUCAGAAGCUACAUUUCAUCGAGUCCAAGAAAAGGUUGGUCGUGUUAUCAUAGAAGUUGCCAGAGAAUCUGUUAAUUAUUGGAAAUCUCGAAUGAGAAAAUGUUCGGGACUUUUGUUUGACGGUUCUUGGAGUCAGAGAAGAAAUGCAAUGUUUUGCUAUGUACAAUUUGUAGAAGAGAAACUCAAAAAAAUUGUAGAUUGGGAAGUGAUAUCUAA